AUGGGAGCAUCAUCGCCUAAGCGGCGAGCGAUAGAAGAGAAACCUCUUCGCCCGCUACCGAGCUCGGCGAUGGCAUCGCCAUACCGGAUCCCCAUUUCACCAGCAUCCUUUUACGCAAGUCCAACACAUUCGACGCAACAGUCACAUUCACAAGAUACCCUCUCCCAUGACGCACAGCCAAAGCAGACUUCGCCAAAUCUGCAUAACAAGACCGGGGAUGACAGUCGGGAUGAGAUUGAUUUUCUAACACCGGCUACAAGCUUGCACGAUCGCAUGCGUGGCAAAGCUCCGUCGAACUCUUCGCAAGCUCAUAUGGGACCGACCGCAGCAAUGGGUCGCACCUCUGCAUUGACAAAGUGCGUAAAUGUACGAUUGCGCGCUGUGUUUGUCGGACAAGAGUAUGCAAGUAGGAACGAGGGCGUUGAAGUCGCUGCCUUUCAGACACAUCUCACCCUAUUUCACCGCACAACAGCGUGUGCUAAGGUGGCAUUUCGUGAUGUGUUAGACACGCAACUAGGCGGUAAAGAGCAUGCACUCAUCGCCAUGUCGAUCAAGCAAAAAUGCUCGUCGGCACGCGCUAUUGCAUCGUUAUGUGGCGAGGCAGCUUUGGAUCCGUGCUGCCUAUAUAUGUUUGUUGAACCAAACGACACUUCAUGGCCACUGCUUUUUGAUCAAGUGUGCACCUAUACACAUGCAGAGAAGCUGACAGAGUCUGCUUGUAUGGCAUUGUUUGAGGCAUCGCUUCGAUCAAACACCAAGACUUUACGAAUCCCCAGCAGCCCCUCAGCGCAUGUUAGAAAACCAACGCCCAUUGUUAUUGGUGAACGGCGAACUGCAGCACUGGAGAAAGCAAGAUCAGACGAAUCAACCAAACCAACGUGUGCGACAGGCGCUGCAGAGCUGGUAAGGUCGUCAACUUUGACGGAUUCGAUCACGGCAGAGUCGGCGCGCCCAAUAAGAUACACACGCGAACGCACACGGCUUGAGGAACAGCAAAGGAAGGCGAGCCAGAGUAAACCAAUCCUCAGAUACCCAGCAUCUGGUCCAUUCGCCGUUACGCUAUUGCAGUCUGACGUGGAGCGUCUUCAAGAAGGUGAAUACCUGAACGAUACCUUGAUCGAGUUUGGACUGCGAUUUCUGCUGGAGCGAAUCAAGCAAAGAGAACCAAACCUGGCGCAGCAAAUCCAUGUUUUCAAUACGUUCUUUUAUCAUAAACUGACAGAAUCACGCGAUCGGUCCAAAACGUACGAACACGUCCGCAAAUGGACAAACAAAGUGAACAUGUACGUGUUUAUAACAUACUCUCGUGUGUACUAA